AGGACACUCCGCACCGUGUGCACCACUAGUGAUCGUGAUUUCAAGCCGGAAGGUUCGGUCCGCUUCGAAGAAGCUCUCGUGGUGCGUAGGAAAACCGUACGAAAAAGUGCAUUUCACAGACGGCAGUGCAGUAAAAGUCGGUUAAACAACGGGAACCAAAGAACUGACCACGACGGCGGUGUUUAAUUGCGCGAAGCACAGCACGCACGCUUGAAGGAAAGUUCAACGUACCGCGGGAAUGAGUCGGCACCGUUCCUUCCAGCCAUCGACGGCAGUGCUGGUGCUGUUGUGGGCUGUUGUGGCCUGCAGCGAACUGAUGCUGCACCCGGUACGGGCCGAUGCACCGAAAAAACGCUGUCUCACCAAACCGAACGUCUCGAAGAAGGUGGACAUGGUUAUCCACCAGUGCCAGGAGGAGAUCAAAUCAAGCCUGAUCGAGGAUGCUCUGAAGAUCUUCACCGCCGAGCACGGUAGUCAGUGGCACGAUCGCCGAAAGCGAGAUGCCGACGAGGGUGGGCUGGAUUUUUCCCACCCGACCAUUGUUUCCCACGAGGACAAGUGGAUCGCUGGGUGUUUGAUGCAGUGUGUGUACCGGAAAAAUGGCGCAAUCGACAAAAACGGUUGGCCCACCCUGGACGGACUGGUCAGUCUGUACACGGACGGGGUAAACGAGCAUGGCUACUUCAUGGCCACCCUGCGAGGCGUUGAUAGAUGCCUGAAGGGAACGUCCAAAAAGUAUCAGAUCAAACGAAACGAUGCUGCUGAAAACUUUGAACAGUGUGAGGUCGCAUUCGAUGUGUUUGACUGCAUUUCGGACAUGAUUACGGACUACUGCAGUGGACAGUCGGAGCAUGAGCAUUAGAUUCAGCUGACGGGGGAGGGAAGCAAGAUUGCUUGUAGUUAUUUUAAAUUAAAUUUACAUUAGUGGUUUAGUGAAACUGGCGAACGGAAAAGAAAUGUGAUUUAAUGUUGUUUUUAAAAAAGGAAAUAAAAUAAUAAGCUGAAACAACAGCUCUGGAGAAAAAGUUCCGAAGA